CAGGUCCUCGGAAAUAGAAAAAAACCCCGAAGAGCAGGCAAGAUGGCGGCGCCCGUGGAUCUGGAGCUGAAGAAGGCUUUUUCAGAACUUCAAGCCAAGGUCAUUGAUACCCAGCAAAAAGUGAAACUGGCAGAUCUGCAAAUAGAGCAACUGAACAGGACAAAAAAGCACGCCCAUCUUACUGAUACAGAGAUUAUGACUUUGGCUGAUGAAACCCGAAUGUAUGAAGGUGUAGGAAGAAUGUUCAUCCUUCAGUCCAAAGGAGUACUUCAUAGCCAACUCUUAGACAAACAAAAAACAGCAGAAGAGAAAAUUAAGGAAUUAGAGCAGAGAAAGUCGUACCUGGAGCGGAGUGUGAAGGAAGCUGAAGAUAACAUCCGGGAAAUGUUGAUGGCUAGAAGAGCACACUGAGGGUUUCAGCCCCACCACUGCCUGCCCCUUACCUUUGGACUGAACAGUUGGGCGCUAAGCAUGUUUGAAACCUUGCAAUAUAUAGAACUAACUGUUGAAGACACAAGGAGCUUCAGUUAUGUCAUGUCAACCCCUCCCUGUAUUUUGGUGUACUAGUAAAUCCUGUGUUAUAUAAUAUGGCUGCCCGACCUGUCCUGGGUUCUCUGUUAACAUGGACAUUUUUUCAGAUGUCUCUUCUGUUGUCCUGCAUCUGCCUUAUCCCAGUUUCAACUUCCCACAAAUUUUUCUAUUGAAAACCGAGCUGUAGCUCAAGAGUGGGGCGGGGCCAGCCUUGGUCUGUUCUGCAGCAUCCGCAAUAAGCACGAGGGCUUUGCGGAAAGGAACUGGUGUUUUCUUUGUGCUCCUGAAUGCCAUGCUUAUGCCAGUCAAUCUGGGAUUAACCUAAUUCUGGUUACACCCGGGGGGGGAUUGUGGGGUGUCAGCAUGGGAGAUAGAAGCAGAACAACCUGUUCACAGUGCUAGGAUUCUUUCUUUCUGCUUGCCUCCCCCUGUAGAAAAGGAUGUGCAGGGCAGUUAAUGUCUAGGGACCAGGAACACUAUGAAAAGCUGUACAUGAGAACUGGGCGAACUGGAUGUGCACUGAUUGGAUUUUGGCUUUCAACAGUUUCGUGUUCCACAGUCGAGGCAAAUUAGGAUGGUGGGAGUGGUUCAUAGUUGGCAUGGCGUAGUCAAGAGUGCCCUUUCAGUGGGCAAACAAGCAGCUUGUUGCUGUGAAAGACGCCCAUAAACCGUUGCCAAAAAUAUACCAGGACUCUGUAAGAUUUGCAGCCCAAAGGGUAAGAGGAGGAGGAUGGCAUGCUGCUGCCACCUUGUGGCUGAUAUCUGUACCAUGAUGCCUGCUUCCCCCAUUUUAUCCUCACAACAACUUGGGUAGAUUAAGCUGAGAGACACAGUGACCCAGAGAAAUACUGCCUCCUAGCUGUCCUAAUCUGAUACAGCUAAUGUUUUAUCCAUGUUGACAGUGUCCCAUUGAAAAUACCCCCGCUCCAAACUUUAAUUAACACAGAAGAGACCAGUUGAGGACAGUAUUUGUCCAACGGUAGGGACACUGAGCCCUUCACUUCUGGGGAGAUGGGAAGACUGUGCUCAUAGGGUGGUAUUCAGCCAGGUUUCACUUUAAGUAGACCUGUCGAACUUCAAUUGGUCCAAGUUAGUCACACUAAUUAAUUUCA